AUGUUUUUGGAUUAUUGUUGCCGGUGCUGUGGAACCUCACUGAUCAAACGCCAUGGCCAGCCACCAAUUAGCAGCAAGCUCAGCGAUACCUGGGUUGUUCUGCAGAACCUGUUGAUGUGCAUGCUGUGCUUUUACUCUCUCUACUACAUCGCCGUCAGUCUGUGCAUCGGAAUCCUCAAGGUUGAAGAGGUUGACAGUUUAUUAGCUCCUUUCGACUACACAACACAACCAUCAUGGCACAGCCCGAGAUAUUUAGUGAGUGUGAUCUCGACAGAGGUGACGUAUCUUCUGGGAGGCCUUGUGUUUGCCUGGAUCGUGGAGGAGUGGGUGUGGGACUACGCCAUCACCGUCACGCUCAUACACAUCGGCCUUACUGUCUCAGUUAUGGCUGAUUUUCCUUCAACUGAGCACUGGUGGAUCGCUCUGGGCUCAGGACUGGUGAUUAUGAUCUUUGGUGGUCAGCUGCUGGCGUAUCACCUGUUCAGGAAUAACUUUGUGCACCCUGCAGAUCUCCAAAACUUCUGAUCCACUCCUGUAGGAGGAAUCUGUACAGUUAUAAAUAGAUUUUUUUUUUAUAAAUCACUUGUUUUUCCCAAUCAGUAUUAGUGUAGUAUUUAC